AUGACAUUGGCAAAUCAGCCACCGCCGAAAACAUCAUUCGACAUAGAACAAGAAAAAUUAAAUCAUAUUCAAUUUGUAAAUGUUACAGAACUUCAAUUUGGAUUUUGUUAUCGUCGUUCAACUCGUAUGUAUAAUAGAUUUUUCUUUUCCUCAGAACUAAUAGAAACAGUAUAAAAUAUGUUCUAUUUUAUAAUGAUCUUAAAUCAUUUGAGUUCUAUACUUUUCAAUGGUUGUAAAUCAUAAUAGAACAAUCUUUUAAAUAGGACGAAAAAAUAUAGAUAUCUUGUUUAUAGAAGUUAACUGAAUAUCUUCUAAAAAUAAAUUAAUUUUAUCUGAAAAGAUUUAAAUGAUUAUUUCAAAUCUUGAAAUAUAUAUAUUUAAAUUUAUAUUUUCAGUUUAAUCAAAUAUCCUUUUAGAUAGGACAAUAUUCGACAUUUUUUUUAUUGUAAAUGAGCAGAAUUAGUGAUAUGUUUUGAGCUUUUACAUUUACUCUGCACUUUCAAUGUUUGUUCCUGAUCGAAAAAGUUAUUCAUUGUAAAAUAUUACAGUGAAUAUUCAAAAGCAAAUAUCGGAACUCGUAUUUGGAGAUGUACACGGAUUUUUAGCCGCCACCGUAGCUGAUGACCGUAAAAUUUGGAAGAAACAUUAGCCGCACCGUUGUCGAUACCGCAGAUAGUUGCUGAUUAGAGAUUUGCAAAGUGGCCACAGCCAUGGUCAUGCAUGAUCGUGAUCAUGACUUUAGCAAAACCAAAAUUAUCCAAAAAUUGAAGUUUUUUUCUGAAAAGUUUCCAACUUUUUGCCAAAAAUACUCGACUAAUUAAUGAGCUGUAGCCAAUUUUGUCUAUGUUAGUGUUAAAAAAAGCUUAUUCACAAGCUUUAUUAAUGUGAUCGCAAUAGUAAAUUCGAAAAGUUCUCGUGACCGUAACAUGGCCAUGUUUGAAUUUGGAAAAUUUUCGCGACUGUAACCAAAAAUCGUGGUCACACAGAUCUCUACUGCUGAUAAUUGCAACCACUAUCAUCGCGACAUCAGUUUUUGAUGGUAUUUUAAUCUGCUAUAGUUUCUUAUCAGUAAGUUCUCUAUCCUUAUUUCUCUAUUUUUCAUUUUAAAAUUUCUCGGAACGGAAAAUAUUUUUGAAAAUGCCGUCAAAAAGUUCCAAACGUCACGAAUCAAUGUAUCAAUUGAUACAUGAACGUAUCGAGCAUUUUUUCGUCACUCUCAAACGCCUUUAUUUUUAGCAGUUUGAGCUCUGAAAUAAAAGGUUGAAUUUUGUACCCUAACCUGUCAAAAGAUAGACGAAACGUUGCUCUACAAAAUGAAACUCUUCCGAUCUCUAUGCUACAACUACUCUAAUUUUUAUUUGCA